AUGCUUGUUCCCAAGAGGAUACUGCUUGCGUCCGCAAUUAAACCAGCGCAAGGCGACGAAGUGGAGCGAUGUUUAACUAUUCAGCCACAUGUUCUGGCUAUCGCCACUAUCGCCAGUACUGUCGGCGUUGCUGCGUACUCUAUGAGUGGAUCGAAAGCGGAAGCUGCACCUCAGCCCGCUUCGGCGAUGAGCACUCAAGAGUCGGGAGGCCUAGACGUGGAAAAGUUGAUUGACAACUACCUCAAGCAAAGCGAGAAGAAUUAA